GGGGUAUGGAGGUAGGCCCGAGCAGAGCAGAGCAGAGCGGUGUUGAGGUGAUUUGAUGGGUUGGAAGAAUCAUCGAGGGAGACAUCCUCGUGCAGUAUCAGCUUUGAACGAAGAAAUGAUGGUGGAACCCGGUGAAGGUGCAGUUCUACCUUCCCCGGCCUCAGCCAGCUUUAAUCCCCACAUGAACAGGAUUCAUCUGUCCCGAGGAUUUACUCAAUCUCCUCGUUUGUGCUCGUGAGCCCAAUGGCGGUUGUCACCUCACAAUGUCACCACCUGCUCUCCUAUUCCACCAGGAGGAGUUCGUGUCCGUUCUUCAUCUGGUGAGAGCAGCAGAACGAGCAGCAGCUGCUCGUUCUUAUGAAAUCUUAUGAAAUCGAGCCGAAACCAGUAAUCGAAUGAAUGGACCAAUGUGUGAACUGUUUGGAUUCAGCGCUCCCCUCGGAGCUUGAGAUUGGGCUGAAUGGAGAGCAAAUCCACAUUCUGAAUUCGAGAGACCUCUGUGUUGAAGGAGCUUGAUUUGCUCUGACGGUCUUGAGAUCAGAAACAGAAAUAGAAACAGAAACAGAGAUCGACAGACAAACUUCACAAUGUUUUCCUCUUCUGCUCAUGAUACGGUGCCUCUCCUGGACCAAGUUCCGGCUCGACCAUCUGUCGACGAAACAUCUGCUUCGCCCGCGGGGACGACAUCUGCAUCCACCGCCUUCAACGAUGGCAGUGUGGCGGACCAGUCCGAAAACAACAUUCCUGCAGAAUCUGCAUUCUUGAUCGAGAGGGAUGCAUACCAGUGGGAGAAAGGAAGAGAGGACGCGCAAGAGACCGGUUGUAAGAUUGAGAUGGUCUGCAUCGAGCCAAUAGGAAGGGAAGACGGAGGAACAAACAGCGGGCAGCAGGAGAACGACGAUGCAGUGUCACCCACGGGUAGUCAUGUCAGCAACACCAGCAGCAGCAGUGGUCCUCCCAUCAGUUCCUUGGUGCACUUCCUCUAUUGGAGUCACUUUCUGUCGAGAUGGGGCGACAGGAUGUGGGAGUUUGCCGUGGGUCUUUUCAUGAUUACGAUAUGGCCCGAUUCCCUGCUUCUGGCAGCUGUUUAUGGCCUUACAGAAACAGCUUCCAUAGCUGCUUUUGGUGUUGUAGUCGGCAACUGGGUGGACAGAACGCCUCGAUUGAAGGUCGUACAAAUCUCUCUUGUGGUGCAAAAUAGCUCUGUUGUGAUAGCGGGCCUGUCUCUGGUGUGUUUGUUAGCAUAUCCGGAUUCUUUGCCGGGAGGUUCACAAACUUUUGCUGCUUUGACUGUGCUGGUAAACUUAUGUGGGGCGCUUGCUGCCCUUUCUGGUCUCGCUACCAACAUUGUGGUUGAACGUGAUUGGGUGAUCGUCAUUUCAGAGCAAUAUGCCCCAGGACUGCUUACCCAGUUGAACAGCAUAAUGCGGCGCAUUGACCUGUCCUGUAAAUUACUGGCUCCAGUAUUUGUUGGCUUUCUAAUGAGCGGCGUCUCUGCACUUGCAUGUGCUUUAGCCAUUGCAGUAUGGAAUUUGGUGUCUGUGGGCAUCGAAUAUAAGCUCCUGCAUUCUGUAUAUUGGUCCAUACCUGCACUUCAGCUCAGAGAAGCACCGACAGUGGUGGCUACAGAUGCGGAGGAUGUUGGAUUAUUGGAUGGAAAUUUGCCGACCAACCGAGAAGCUGAUAUGGAAGAUGCCCAUGAUUUUGUACAGAUCUCUCAUAAAAAUCAGAUCGAUAGAACCCUGAGCUACGGGAAUGGACUGCUGGGCAAAUGUUUGCAUCUACCUUACAUCGAAGGAUGGACGGUUUAUUUGCAACAGGAAGUGAUGCUCGCAGGUGUUUCUCUGGCUCUUCUAUACUUCACAGUCCUCAGUUUUGGAUCCCUAAUGACAGCCGUUUUGAACUGGAGAGGGGUGCCAGCCUACGUUCUGGGUCUGGCCAGAGGAGUUGCAGCUAUCAUAGGCAUUUUGGCGACAGUGGCGUAUCCCAUACUGCAGCCAAAGCUCCAGACAGUACGAACAGGAUUGUGGUCAAUCAAUCUACAGUGGUCCCUGCUCUCAAUAUCUGCGAUCUCGGUUCUUGUACACAAUGGAGUUGGAGCGUCAGCCAUGCUCAUCAUUGGAGUGGCGGCAUCACGUUUCGGUUUGUGGAUGUUUGACUUGUCUGUCACACAAUUAAUGCAGGACUCUGUUCCUGAACACAAGAGGGGAGUUGUGGGUGGAGUACAAAACUCGUUACAAUCAUUGAUGGAUAUGCUCUCAUACGUCAUGGCUAUCGUCAUCUCAGACCCCAGGCAUUUCGGGGUUCCGGUGCUGAUAUCUUACUGGGCUGUAGGGUCAGCUGCAGUCUUGUAUGCUUGCUAUUCGUACCGAGUCAGAGGUCAUCUUAUUCAUUUCGAGAAACUAUUCCGCUACUCUCAGUGAAGGCCUUCCUGGUCGAUUCUGGCGACUGACCUUUUAUACAAUUGGGGCCUGCAUGAGGCAGUUCUACAGCUCGAUCCCGAUCUUCAGUUAGGUGUCCUACCACCCGCAUACGACACUGUUUGCCGGUUUCAUCGGACAAACGAGAAGCAAGCUUAUCAAAAGUAGACGAAAAGUGGAUGAAUAGCUCGUAACGUCUGAGUACAGAUUACACAAUGAUUAUUAGCCAAGUGAUCAACUAAAGGACGCCAAAGUGCUUCGAGGCAUGAGUGCAAUUGAAUCAUUUCAGUGUCUUACUCUUUCCACGGGAAUUGCAUGUAACCUGCUAGCCCAACGAGAUCUGCACCUUGACAGACUCCUGUUUGGCUGUACUGCCGAGCUUCAUGUGUAAAUCCACUUUCAUACACCAA